AUGGCCAUGGCUGCCGUCAUCACGCCCAGUCAUCCGACUCCCGAAGCCCCCAAGAUGUCCAUGACGUCCAAAGAAUGGAUCAUCCCCCCGCGUCCCAAGCCCGGCCGGAAGCCCGCGACGGACACGCCCCCCACCAAGCGCAAAGCACAGAACCGGGCUGCCCAGCGCGCUUUCCGUGAGCGCCGGGCGGCCCGGGUUGGCGAGUUGGAGCAGCAGCUCGAAGAGCAGAUCGAGGCCCACGAAAAGCACGAGGCCGAGCUCAAGGACCAGAUUCACGGCCUCGAGCUCGAUCUGCAGUCGUUUCGCUCGCGCUGCAUGCUCCUGGAAAACAUGCUCGAGCGCGAGCGCAAGGAACGCAUCCGCGCCGAGACCCAAACCGAGACGCUCAGGCGGCAGAGCGGCGACGCCUAUUUCCGAGCCUCGAGUAUCAGCGGGCCCCCCGGCCACGUUAAUCUUCAGCAGCACAGCGCAGGUCGCCAGUCCCUGCGACACAGCGUGGCCGACGGGCGCCAACCCCAGCACGCCAACAGCAGAAAUUUCUCCAUCUCCCAAAUCGUCUCGCCUCCACACGCCCUGAGCGUCAACUCGCAACAGCACGACGACGCCGACGUGCCUCUCACCUGCGGCAACUGCUCGCCCUCCGGGCCCUGUGCGUGUGCCGAAGAGGUCCUCGCCUCGGCCACCAGCGGCUGUGGCAAGUGCGGCUUCGGCGCGCCGUGUCAGUGCUUAGAAAGCUUGGUGGGCGUCGCCGAUCAGCAAGUCUUGAAGCGGCCGCCAUCGCCGUCGAACCCAAUGUCGAGCGGGAAGCGGCAUCAGCCGACCGCAAGCGCCGCGUUGGACAGCGAAACCAACCUGACAUCGACGUUUGCCGGCAAGUCCUCCUCGCACAACACGCAGCAUUCUCUCUUCCAGGUGGCAGUGUCGGCGAGCCAGAUGCCGUCGUCCGACUCGUUGCCCCUCAAGGACCGGUGCGGCUUCUGCAAAGACGGCACGUAUUGCAUGUGUGCCGAAGAGGCGGCCAUGGCCACUCCUGCCAUGACGCCGACGGCAGAGACGCUGCCUCCCAUUUUCCAGCAGACCCAGACGCCGCCGCCGUCGGAGCCCGACACUGUCUCCCCGCCGCUGGUCAUGGAGAUGACGGCCGACGGCGCCGUCAAACUGCCUCGGCGCACGCGCGGGGCUCGGCCCCACAAGAAGCCGACCAAGGCCAACCCGGGUGGCUGUGGCGUCAACGGCCCCGGCACCUGCGCCCAGUGCCAGGCGGACCCCAAGUCGGGCCUCUUCUGCAGGCUCAUGGCAGCCAAGUUUGACCGCGAGCAGGGCGGCUCGGCGGCUGCGGGCGCUGCCGGCGGUGGUGGCGGUGGCUGCUGCGGCGGGAAAGGCGCCGGUGGCGGCUGCUGCAAAUCCCGCCCUGCCGCCGAGAAGAUUACGCUGCCGAGCCUGCCGAGCCUCGGGCUGAGCUGUGCCGAGGCGUACCAGACGCUGUCGAGCCAUCGCAACUUUGACCGUGCGGCCGAUGACAUUGGGUCCUGGCUACCCAAGCUCAAAGCCACGACGCCCACCGACAGCCGGCACCAGAACCGGCAUGCAGUCGAGGUAGAGGCGGCCAGCAUCAUGAGCGUGCUAAAGGAGUUUGACGUUCGCUUCGGGAGGGAGUGCUGA